AUGUCUUCUGCGGCCGAACAGCUAGCCUUCUUGAUCCCAGUAACCGUCGUUGAAACGUUCGCAGUGACGGCGACCCGCAUGGUGCCUGAACAGAAGCCUACCUCCGUCUUUCUCUAUGCGUUAGGAUUGAAUCUCGUCCUGCUAGCAAUAUGGAACAUCUUCGUCUGGCCAUUUUUAGUCAAUCCUCUGCGACACCUACCCACAGUCCGAGGCCCCUUCAUCGGGGCAUCCAUCUUUCUCCGCCAUCCGCGUGGCAGCGUCACGAUUCCAUGGCUUAGGACCAUCCCUAACGAAGGCCUGAUCCACUUUCGUGAAGGCCUGAACCGUAGUUUUUUGCUCGUGACCAACCAGCGGGCUCUGAUGGACGUUCUCCAUACCAACAGCUACGACUUCACCAAGCCGCGCGGCGGGCGUGAGUUCCUCGCCCGCGGCCUCGGGUAUGGCCUCAUCCUCUCUGAAGGAGACGCCCAUCGGGCCCAACGCAAAGCCGUCACCCCGGCCUUUGCAAUCAAGAACAUCCGCGCCAUGUACGAUCUUAUGUGGUCCAAGACCCAGAUCUUCCUGCAUCAGCUGGACCGCGAAAUCCAGCUACACCCCGUCCCCGGCAUGAAAAGCGGCGCAUCGGGGUACGUGGAGCUUGGAUCAUGGGCCAGCCGUCUAACGCUCGACAUCAUCGGCCCCGCAGCCGUUGGUCGCGAUUUCCAGUCGCUGGAGAACGAGGACGACCCGGUCUCGCAGGCAUACUCUGCGAUUCUGAAGCCGUCCUCGGACACUCUUCUACUCUUUGCCCUCUCCGUCCUCUUCCCGCAGUGGCUCGUCAAACUCGUCCCCGUCCGAGCCAACAUCGAGCUCCCCCGUCGAAUCAGCUACCUCCGCCGCGUGUUCCACGACAUCCUCCGCGAGAAACGCACACAGCUCACCGAGAAGCCCUCCGACGUCGACGGUGAUAUCCUGGGCACCAUGAUGCGCGGCGGCGAAUUCAGCGACAGCGAGCUCGUCGACCAAAUGCUGACAUUUCUCGCGGCCGGCCAUGAAACAACCGCCAACGCCCUCACCUGGGCCAGCUACCACCUCGCCCUGAACCCGCACAUCCAGGAGACGCUCCGGGCCGAGAUCCGCGCUACGGUCCCCUCCGCCGACGCCGCCGUCACCUGGCAGCAGCUCGAAAGCAUGCCCUAUCUCAACGGCGUCAUGCACGAGGUCCUGCGCCUGUACCCCACCGUGCCCAUGACCGGCCGCGAGGCCAUCCGCGACACCACCAUCGCCGGGCAGAAGAUCCCCCGCGGAACCAUCAUCAGCAUUUGUCCGCAGUCCGUCAACCGCAGCCCCGAGUUCUGGGGCGACACCGCAGACGACUUCCGCCCCGAGCGCUGGAUCGACACCGACCCGGUGACGGGGAGACAGACGCCGAAUAAGCACGGCGGCGCGGGCACGAAUUUCGCGCAGAUCACGUUCCUGCAUGGGCCGCGCGCGUGUAUCGGGAAGGACUUUGCAAAGGCGGAGUUUCGGUGCGCGGCGGCGGGUUUGUUUGGUCGGUUCAAGGCUGAGCUGCAGGAGGGGUGUGUGGUCAAGUUUGGGGGGACGUUGACGGCGCAGCCUGUCAGAGGGAUGCCGUUGCGGUUGACUCGGUUGGAGGGAUGGUGA